UGCCCCACCCUCUCCCUAGUCUAUAAAGGCCCGGCCAGGCCAGGCUGGUACACCUGCUACCUGUGCUGUCCAGCGAUUGAUCCAGAGUACCCCUACGGCCUCACCAUGAGGCUCAUGCUGUCGCUUCCGGUCCUGGUGGUGGUUCUGGCGAUGGUUUUGGAAGACCCAGUUGACGCCCUGAGUGACAUAGACUUCUCUCGGGACCUAAAGAAGUUCGGAAGUGCCCUGGAGGAGAAGGUCCGGACAGCCAUUGACCACAUCAAACAGAGCGACAUUCCCAGGAAGACCCGGGUCUGGUUUUCGGAGACAUACAGCAAAGUGAAGGAGAAAUUCAAAACGACUUUCUUCUGAACACCAGGAGGGCUGCCCCUGUGCUCUGAGGCUAUAUCCGGGAGGAGGCUCUGAAAUUUCCCAUGCCCUCCGCACCUGUGCCAGGACUUCCUCCAUGAUGCCCCAUGUCCCCAUCCCAACACCACCAAUAAAAAUCAUAUAGAGAA